AUGGGAGCGGGAAUGAAGCGCGUGUGGGAGGAGCAGCCGGUCUCGCUCUCGCUUGCGCUCAGCACGGACUCGACGUCUUCCACGACCUCGUCGGACUCGUCCGGCGCGGCGCCCAUGGCGGCCAGGAAAAGGGCGCGGCGGGGGAAGGUGGUGGCGACGUCUGGGCAAGGGGAUUUCGUGUGCAAGACAUGCGGCCGCGCCUUCGCGACCUUCCAGGCGCUCGGCGGGCACCGAACCAGCCACCUCCGGGGCCGCCACGGGCUGGAGCUCGGGGUCGGCGUCGCAAAAGCCAUUAGGGAGAAGAAGCGGAGCGAGGACAAGCAGCAGCACGAGUGCCACAUCUGUGGCCUCGGCUUCGAGAUGGGUCAGGCGCUGGGGGGACACAUGAGGCGGCACCGCGAUGAGAUGGCGCUCACCGCCGGCGCCGACAACCAGUGGAUCAUCUUGCAGCCGCAUCAGGAAGAGGUGGUGGGGCACGGUGCCCACCGGCCGACAGUCUUGCUCGAGCUAUCGGUGGCUUUAGGGUUCAUGGAUGGUGUUGGCGAGGCGGCGGCGGCGACUCCAUCAGAUGGUUUUUUCCUCCUGCUCUGUCCCCGUUGCUGCGGCGUUGUCUCCGGCGCCAAGGUGGAGCAGACAGGAUUCGUCCAGGAGUACGUGCAGACGGUGGUCUGCACUGGUGACGACUAG